AUGAGCCUAACCCUUCCACUAAGGCACACCUCAUAUUCAUAUUUCACAUCAUAUAAGAUAACAUAACCUAUAAUCCAUGGAUUCAAAAAAAGUGUCAAACACGAAUAUUGUUGUGAAGAAGACCAAGGGUCGACAAAAGAUCGAGCUGAAAAGGAUAACCAACGAGCGGAACCUUCAGGUGACAUUCUCAAAGCGCCGCAAUGGGAUUUUUAAGAAAGCAAGCGAGCUUGCAACUCUUUGCGGCGUGGACCUUGCUGUCAUAAUUUUUUCUCCUGGUCAGAGGGUUUUCUCUUUUGGCACCCCCAGUGUGGACUCUGUCAUCCAACGCUAUAUGGGCCAGGCUCCACCUCCCCUCCUUAACUUGGACCUCAAUGAGGCCCACCUCAACGCAGACGAGCGUGAGCUCCACGCACACCUUGGAUACCUAUCCAACCAGUUUAUUGCAGAGAAGAAACGUGAAAAGGAACUCAAUCGUUUGUUGAAGACCGCGGAGAAUAACUAUUGGUGGGCCACACCAGUUGAUAACAUGAACAAAACCCAACUUGAGAAGUUCAAGACUGCGUUGCUGGAUUUGAAGACAAAUAUUAAUCUGAAAAAACAGAAGCUCCUCAAUGAGAGCACUUAUAACUGUCCGUGUUUUUUUGCUGCAAGUGCAGGCUCGUCUUCUAAUGUUAAUGACAUUGGGACUGUGCAUCCACCACCAUUGUUGAGGAACCGUGUGAUUGAUGAUAGCGUCACGUGCCACCAUCAAUUUAACAACAUGGACAAAGAUGGAGAGGGAGAAGGACAUGGACCUACUUUUAGGUUCUUUUGAUUGUCUUAGAAGAGAUCCUUUGUCGAAGAUGCCAUAUUAAAUUGUAAGUUUUUGUUGUUUAAUUUUCAUUCAAAGUGAGCACUGGCUUAAUUGGUCUCAUGUGUGCGGCAUGGUUAGGAUUGAUUAACUGGGGGUUCAAGUUUUUGUUGUUUUGAGUAAUCUUCAUCUUAUGAUGGUGAAUUUUUGUUUUCUUUAGGUUGUUACUGUGUUUUGUUAUUGGGGAUUAUAGCGUUGCAUGUAGUUCUAUAUCUGUUUGAAUAAAAAGGCAUCUUAUUUAUUUAUA